AAAUAACAUUCUUAGUUUUUCCUUAGCCCUCCCCCCUUAGUAGAUCUUACCGCUUGGCAACCACUCUUCAACAUAAACAUGGCGGACGACAGUUUGGUUGUCCUAUCCUCAUCUUCAUCCUCUUUCUCGUAAAUUAUCAUUAUGGCCACAGUAUUAAAUACUACUACCUCUAAAGGGGCUGGCAAUUACGUUGGGGAAACUAGAAAACAACUUAGAGACGGGUUUGGUGUUUAUAAUUAUCCCAACAAAUUUUUUAGGUAUGAAGGAGAAUGGAGCAAGGGAAAGAAACACGGUCAUGGUAAGUUGUUAAUGGCAGAUGGUAGUUUUUACGAAGGCCAGUUUCAAGAUGGAGAGAUUCAAGGCCAUGGAUUUCGACGAUGGGCUUCAUCUAAGAAUGAAUAUACAGGGCAGUUUGUUAGAGGAGAAAUGAUGGGACAUGGUAUCAUGAAAUGUGGUAAUGGAUCAAGAUAUGAAGGAGAGUGGAUGAAUAAUCAGAAAGAAGGUAAAGGAAAGUUGUAUGGUAAAGAUGGAUCUGUUUAUGAAGGUUCAUUCCAUAGCAAUAAGAAACAUGGACAAGGCAAUCACACCUAUAGUAAUGGAGAGGUUUAUGAAGGAGACUGGGUGAAUGAUUUACGUCAAGGUCAUGGAGUUAUGAAGUAUGAAGAUGGAACAAUUUAUGCUGGUCAGUGGUGGGGUGGUGAAGCACAUGGAGAGGGUUCUAUAAUUCAUGCAUCUGGCUUGUCAUUUGAAGGCCUGUGGACAGGAGGAAGACCUGCAGCGGAGGCAGUUGCAAUACGUGUUGUGGGGAAACCUCAGCAAGAUGUUAUGCAAGGAAGACCAUUUGGUUUUGAAGUGGAAUGUGUUUCACUGGAUGGGGAGCGUGUACCAGAGGAUGGAAGGCUUCUUCAAGUGACUGGUUGGACAAGAAUAUAUGGCAAGAAAUCCUCAGCCAAAUCAUCUGAUGCAGAUGAAAGACUUCCCACUCCAUUUGGGUUUGAUGUGGAGCCUUACUAUCUGACUGAGUCACUAGGGGACAUGUCAGCUGAUAACAUGUUGUAUGGAGGAUUAAAUGCUCCAUCAAGUGUGAUGUCAACCAGACCUCUCCAGACCACUUCACCCUCUGAAAGUACUCUAGAUGUACAGAUACCAUUAGACAAUGGAUCAGACAAUGGGGAUAAAGAAGGAUCAGCCACAGAAAGUCAUCAUGACUUAUUGAAUAGACAGACUGUAGGGUCUCAGGCCAGCACUACUAUUAACACCAGCAUUGAUAAAGGAAUUGGAGACAUAGAGCAACCAUUACCCAGUCCUCCAUCAACUGUGAGGACAACACAGGGAAGAGCAAUCUUUGAGAAUCUGUACCUUCCAGCACUACCUACUGGUACAAAGUCGUUUACCAGCUUACACGAAGUUGAAAUUAGACCAGAGCAGUCAACAAGAAGAGCGAGCCUCAUGAAAUGGAAAAAAGGAGGGUCAGUAAUCAACCCGAACUUGCUAUCUAACACUCCAAUGAUAAGUGAAGGUGGUAGCAAGAAAAAGAAAGAAGCUUUGGCAGAUAUUGUUGAAAAGUCUGAUCCAAAAUUUAAAAAAUCAAAAGAAAUCAAACGAGACGAGAAGAGUGCUGAUGAUAAGCUGUGCAAACCAGGAGAUUAUGUUAUUGUUGUACAAGAUGUAACAAUACCAAAAUUCCUAGAUUCACGAUUACAACCAGCAUUUAUACAUAUAAGAUUGACUCCAAAGAAGAGAGACAAAAGUAAAAUCGACGUUAGACGAAACUGGAUCGAGAGACAGGAAAACCUAAGACAGGAAAAAGAACGCUCUGAUGGUAACCCCGCAUAGAAACACGACUUGGGUAUCUUAUAAUAUUAUGUACUAUUACGCAAACAUUACCAAAUACUAAGUUUCAUGUUGGUAACUUAUUCUACUUCCGCUACGACUUAUUGCGGCAUCAGUUGUAUAGAUAUUUACAUGACAGUUGUUCGUUUUCUGCCACGAUUCCUCUCCCGGCAACAAAUAAAAUCAUUUUAUUCCAAAAA